AAGGGUAGGCAGUACUGGUCUGGACCUUAGCGCGUCGUCCGUGCUUGCAGACUCCAGCCAUGGCGGGUCCUGAGUGGGAGUCUCUGGAGAACAGUUUGGAGAAGCACCUGCCUCCUGCAGACUUGCGGGAGGUGAAACGCGUUCUCUAUGGCAAGGAAACCAGGAAGCUCGAUCUGCCCAGCAGGGCUUUGGAAGCCGCCUCUGAAGGGGACUUUGAGCUGCAGGGAUAUGCCUUUGAGGCCGCGGAGGAGCAGCUGAGGCCUCCUCGGACUGUGCGUGUGGGACUCAUUCAGAACAGAACUCCCCUGCCUGCAGACGCCCCCGUGGCAAGACAGGUCGCCGCCCUUCACAGAUGCAUUGAAGCCAUUGUAGAGGUGGCCGCAGUGUGUGGGGUGAAUAUCAUCUGUUUCCAGGAAGCCUGGACUAUGCCCUUUGCCUUCUGCACGAGAGAGAGGCUUCCUUGGACAGAAUUUGCAGAGUCGGCAGAGGAUGGACCCACCACGAGAUUCUGUCAGAAGCUGGCAAAGAAGCAUGACAUGGUGGUGGUAUCUCCCAUCCUGGAACGAGACAGAGAACACGGGGAUGUUUUGUGGAACACAGCUGUGGUGAUCUCCAAUUCUGGAGCAGUCCUGGGAAAGACCAGGAAAAACCACAUCCCCAGAGUGGGUGACUUCAAUGAGUCCACUUACUACAUGGAGGGAAACCUGGGACACCCCGUGUUCCAGACUCCAUUCGGGAGGAUUGCAGUGAACAUCUGCUACGGGCGGCACCAUCCUCUCAACUGGCUCAUGUACAGCCUCAACGGGGCUGAGAUCAUCUUCAACCCCUCAGCCACAGUCGGCGCGCUCAGUGAAUCCCUGUGGCCCGUUGAGGCCAGAAACGCAGCCAUCUCGAAUCACUGCUUCACCUGUGCCAUCAACCGUGUGGGCGAGGAGCAAUUCCCGAACGAGUUUACCUCAGGAGAUGGGAAGAAAGCUCACCGGAACUUCGGCUACUUUUACGGCUCGAGCUAUGUGGCAGCCCCGGAUGGCAGCCGCACCCCUGGGCUCUCCCGCAAUCGGGACGGGCUGCUGGUGGCAGAGCUCGACCUGAACCUCUGCCGGCAGGUGAAUGACAUCUGGAACUUCAAGAUGACUGGCAGAUACGAGAUGUAUGCUCGGGAGCUUGCCGAAGCCGUCAAACCCAACUACAGCCCCAAUAUCGUGAAGGAGUAGCUGGAUUUUAGCCCCUGGCUGCCAAGGAGAGCACAUCUGCCCCUGGCAGCUCAG